AUGUCGAGCAAUGAUGGCGACAGUGGCACCGCCCAGACGUCCGCUGGCAUCAGCAUUGUCGCCUUCUUCACGGCGUUGGCCUCGUCGCUGGUCAUUUUCGGCGUUCAGAUGGGCUUUUUCUUGCUCUUGAGAAAUAAGCUGGCCCGCAUUUUCAAACCAAAAACAUUCAUGGUCCCCGAACGCGAGCGGACAGAACCACCGCCUGCGAGUCCUUGGGGCCUUGUCAUGGCCCUGUACCGCAUACGUGACCGGGAAAUCAUCAAAAAGUGCGGACUCGACGCCUACUUCUUCCUCCGUUACCUACAAACCCUACUCAUUAUCUUCGUUCCCAUUGCAUGCAUCGUCAUCCCCAUUCUCGUGCCUAUCAACUAUGUCGGUGGCAUUGGUCAGUCCUUUGGCAGUAACAAUACCAACUCCUCGGACCCAUCCAUCCCGGCCGGUCUAGACACCAUUGCUUGGGGCAACAUCAAACCGGUGAACGCUAACCGCCGCUGGGCUCACCUGAUUAUUGCCGUUCUGGUCGUGGGCUGGGUCUGUUUUAUCGCCUACAACGAGCUGCGCAUCUAUAUAAAGAUCCGCCAGGACUACCUCACCAGCGCCGAGCACCGUCUGCGUGCCUCCGCCAACACGGUCCUGGUUUCGGGUAUCCCCACUAAAUGGCUGACCGACCAUGCCCUCCGCGGGCUGUUUGAUGUGUUCCCCGGCGGUAUUAGGAAUAUCUGGUUAACGCGGGACUACACCAAACUGCUUGACAAAAUCAACAAGCGCGACGACAUCCACAAGCGCCUUGAGUCUGCUGAGAGCGAGCUGAUUCGCAAAUCCAAGAAAAAUCAGCUCAAGAAACGCAAGAAGGAGGAAAAGGCCGAACGCAAGGCUAAACACGAAACCAAGGCUGAGCGAGCCCAGCGUGAGCACGAUGAGGACAUCCGCGCCAAGCGCAUGGCCGAGGGCGAGGGAGGUGUCAGCAGCGGCGACCAGGAUGUGCCUCAGAUCGAUGGCGUUGGCGACGAUAGCAAACGCAACAGCUCCGAAAACGACGACGCUGACAACCUGCAGCGCGAGCAAUCCAAUAGCUCCAAGGUGCCUAUUAUCGGGGGCGGCCUGGCCAAGGUCGGCCAAGGCCUCAAGGGUGGUUUCGGAAAGGCCGGCCGGGAUAUCGUUGGUGGCGCCAAAAACUUCCAGCAAGGCAUUGACAACCAACUCGAGCGAACCGGUGGCUUUGAGUUUGUCGGCGAAAGUACCAAGGAGACCGACGUGCCGGGUGGACCGUCCUCUCUCCCAGGGACUCGUACCGAGGGUGAAGCGAACCGCGAUCAAAGUUCCCGAUACGGUAGCCGUGCUGUCCACAGAACACGGCCGUCUGAUGCUUCAGCCGAGCCUGAUACUCCCGGCCAGGCCCAGGACCCGCGGCCGUCGGAUGUGUCUCUCAUCCACAACCGCACCAUGGACUCUCGUACGUACGGCAACACCACGCGCAAGGUGACCGACUGGGACAAUGCGGUCGCCACCGAAAACAGCAAGUGGUGGCAGUUUUGGAAGCCACCCAGCGGUGCCUACGCCUCGCCCAUCCCACAAGGCAGCGAAGGCGAUGAGUUUCCAUUUGACACGGAUGGCAAGGGCAACGGCACGACAGGCGAAAAGAAGAGCAAAUCCAAGUGGGCCAAGAUCAAGGCCCAGAUGCCCUUCUUUGGUGGCGACGAGAUACCUGCCGAGUAUCCCGCGCCCGAGAACCCUGCUUACCCCGGCGACGACGCGGAAGACUCAAACGCCGAGUGGACGAAAUGGCUCAAAAAGUCCGAUCGCCCGACACAUCGCUUGCCCCUGUUUGAAUGGACCCCCGGAUGGCUGCCCGGUCUGCCUCUAAUCCACAAAAAGGUCGACUCCAUUUACUUUUAUCGGAAGGAAUUGGCGCGCCUCAACAUGGAGAUUGAGAAGGACCAGCACGAGCACGAGCGCUACCCGAAGAUGAACUCGGCGUUUAUCCAAUUCAACAACCAGGUCGCUGCGCACAUGGCUUGCCAAAGCGUCACCCACCACGUUCCCAAACACAUGUCGCCCCGCGUUGUCGAGGUCUCGCCCAGCGACGUCAUCUGGGACAACAUGGCCAUCCGCUGGUGGGACGAGUGGUUGCGUACGUUUAUUGUCAUCGGUAUUGUCUUUGGUAUGACCAUUCUGUGGGCGUUCCCCGUCGCCUUCACUUCCUCGCUGUCCCAGAUCGACUCGCUGGUCAAGAGGUACUCCUGGUUGAGCUUUAUCGAUAACAACGCAGUGACCUACAAUGUCGCCAAAGCUGUUGCGGGUGUGCUGCCAGCCCUGCUACUAUCGCUUCUUCUUGCCUUUGUGCCCAUCCUUCUCGAAUUUUUGGCCAAGUUCCAAGGCGCCAAGACGGGAUCCCAAAAGGCCGAGUAUGUUCAGAUGUAUUACUUUUUCUUCCUCUUCGUACAGGUGUUCUUGGUUGUCUCCAUCGCGAGUGGUGCCAUUGCUACGCUCCAAGACACCGUGACCAACAUCCAGGGCAUACCCGAGACGCUCGCCAAGAAUCUGCCCAAAGCCGCCAACUACUUUUUCAGCUACAUGAUUCUGCAGGCAAUGUCGACCAGCUCGGGUACGCUGCUCCAGAUCGGCGUGCUUCUUGUCUGGUACGUGCUGGCGCGCAUUUUGGACGACACAGCCCGCAGUAAGUGGCGCCGGCAGACGGACCUCCCAACCAUUUCGUGGGGCUCCUUCUUCCCGGUGUACACUAACUUUGCCUGUAUCGCCUUGGUUUACGCCGUCAUCGCGCCUCUCAUCGCGAUCUUUGCUAUCAUCACUUUUGCACUCCUCUGGGUUGCCUACCGCUACAACAUGAUUUACGUCACGCGCUUUAAGAUUGACACGGGUGGCGUGCUGUACCCGCGGGCCAUCAACCAGACCUUUACCGGCCUCUAUUUUAUGGAGCUCUGCCUCAUCGGCCUCUUCUUCCUCGUCCGUAAUGAAAACGGGGACGUAGCCUGCGCACCGCAGGCCAUUGUCAUGAUUGUCGUUUUGGCGUUGACCGUGGGCUACCAGGUGCUGUUGAACGUGUCUUUUGGACCCCUAAUGCGGUAUCUCCCUAUCACAUUUGAGGACGAGGCCGUGCUGCGCGACGAGAUGUUCCAGCGAGCACAGGACCGCCGCCUUGGCUUGACCACAGGUGGCGAGGACGGCGAAGACGACGAAGAAGGGAACGACGAGCUGUCCACGUUGACCGGUGCCGACAGCAAGACAGCCGCCGCUGCACUCUCCGAGGGCAACAGCAACGAUGUCGAGCUGAAAAAGAUUGGCCAAAAAGGCCCCCAGAACUCGUUUGGCCUGACCAACAAACUUAACCCGGUCCGUGGCAUCGUCACUGCCGGCACAUGGGCCGCGCGUGGCGGCAAAAAGGUCCGCCAUGCUACGCUGGGCAAAGCCGAAGACAGCAUGCGCACGUCAGCGGCAUACCGGCAGCAGCGGCGCCAAAAGGACCUGGAGGCGCAGCGUGCCAUGGGCGAGGCCUUGUAUGGCGGGUACAAUGACGAGAUCGAAGACCUGACACCCGAGGAGCGCGAUGUCCUUGUCAAAGAAGCGUUCAAGCACUCGGCGCUGCGCGCACACCGGCCAACAGUGUGGAUUCCCCGGGACGACAUUGGUGUCAGUGACGACGAAAUCCGGCACACGUGCAACCUCAGCGACUACAUUUGGAUCAGCAAUGAAGGCACGGCACUCGACAGCAAAGUGCGCGUCGUCUACGGCCGCGCGCCGCCCGACUUUUCCGAUCUGGAGCUGAUCAAUCUCUAA